AUGGCAAUCAAAGCCGCCCAAAACAACCAAGCCAUCUACUUCCGCAACCUCCACACCCCAGGCCACCCAAUUCUCCUCACCAACGUAUACGACCCAGCCACAGCCUCUUUAAUCGCAAACCACCCCUCCACAAAAGCAAUCGCGACGGCCAGCUACGCCAUCGCAGCCUCCCAAGGCAUCCCUGAUGACGCCCUAACACUACCCCAAAACCUAGCCGCCGUUCGCUCCAUAGCAGCUACCCUAAAACCCAACAACCCCUCAGGAAAUAAAGUCUCAGAUGAAGUUGCAACAAAGCUUCCCCUAACAGUCGACAUCCAGGACGGCUACGCAGACGUGGCCGAAACGAUCAGGGAAAUCAUCAAUCUGGGCGCAGUGGGAUGCAACCUUGAAGAUCUAGACGGUACUACGGGACAGUUACGGCCUUUGGCGGAGGCCGUGGCGCGGAUUGAACUGGCGGUUCGGACUGCUGCGGAGCUCGGUGUUCCUGAUUUUGUGGUCAAUGCGAGGACGGAUGUCCUUGGGGCUAACCCCGGUGGCAAACCUGGAAGUAUCCAGGAUGCGAUUGAGAGGGGGAGGGCCUUUUUGAGGGCUGGGGCUUGUACUGUGUUUGUUUGGGGUGGAGCGGGUGGAAGGGGAGUGUCGAGGGAGGAGAUUAAGGAGUUGGUUGGGGCUUUUCAGGGGAAAUUGAAUGUGAAGUUGGUGCUGCGAGAUGGGUUUUUGACUGUACCAGAGGUGAAGGAGCUGGGGGUUGCGAGGAUUAGUUUGGGGCCAGAGCUGUAUCGAGCUGCGAUGAGUGGGUUUAUGGAGAAGGCUGAUGCGGUGUUGGCUUCUUAUAGUUGA